CCGGAAUGGAGCGCUCCACGGCAUACAAAUAGGCAGGUCACGUGGUUCCCGGCUCUUGGCUGGACCGGGAAGACCAUAUGGCGCAUGCCGGGGAGGAAGGAGCAGGGGCGGAGCGCCCGCGCCGCCGGGACACGAGGAAUUCGCCCACGCAGAAGGCACGGUGUGCCGAAGCUCCAGGGUUAUGAGAUCGUCACUGCUCAGGACCUUCUAACAACAGGAAGUCAAAACAUGACCAAAUCAUACAGCGAGAGCGGGCUGAUGGGCGAGCCUCAGCCCCAAGGUCCCCCAAGCUGGACAGACGAGUGUCUCAGUUCUCAGGACGAGGAACACGAGGCAGACAAGAAGGAGGACGAGCUCGAAGCCAUGAAUGCGGAGGAAGAUUCUCUGAGAAACGGAGGAGAGGAGGAGGAUGAAGAUGAGGACCUGGAAGAGGAGGAGGAGGAGGAAGAGGAGGAGGAUGAUCAAAAGCCCAAGAGACGGGGCCCCAAAAAGAAAAAGAUGACCAAGGCGCGCCUAGAGCGUUUUAAAUUAAGGCGCAUGAAGGCCAAUGCCCGUGAGCGGAACCGCAUGCACGGGCUGAACGCAGCACUGGACAACUUGCGCAAGGUGGUACCCUGCUACUCCAAGACCCAGAAGCUGUCCAAGAUCGAGACACUGCGCUUGGCCAAAAACUACAUUUGGGCUCUGUCAGAGAUCCUGCGCUCCGGCAAAAGCCCUGACCUGGUCUCCUUCGUUCAAACGCUCUGCAAAGGCUUGUCCCAGCCCACCACCAACCUGGUCGCUGGCUGCCUGCAGCUCAACCCCCGGACUUUCCUGCCGGAGCAGAACCCGGACAUGCCCCCGCAUCUGCCGACAGCCAGCGCUUCCUUCCCGGUACACCCUUACUCCUACCAGUCCCCGGGGCUACCGAGCCCUCCCUAUGGCACCAUGGACAGCUCCCAUGUCUUCCACGUCAAGCCGCCGCCACACGCCUACAGCGCGGCCCUGGAGCCCUUCUUUGAAAGCCCCCUGACUGAUUGCACCAGCCCUUCCUUUGACGGACCCCUCAGCCCGCCUCUCAGCAUCAAUGGCAAUUUCUCUUUCAAACACGAACCAUCCGCCGAGUUUGAAAAAAAUUAUGCCUUUACCAUGCACUACCCUUCAGCGACCCUGGCAGGGCCCCAAAGCCACGGAUCAAUCUUCUCUGGUGCCGCUGCCCCUCGCUGCGAGAUCCCCAUAGACAAUAUCAUGUCUUUCGAUAGCCAUUCGCACCAUGAGCGAGUCAUGAGUGCCCAGCUCAAUGCUAUCUUUCACGAUUAGAGGCACGUCAGUUUCACCCUCCCUGGGAAACGAACCCACUGUGCUUACAGUGACUGUCGUGUUUACAGAAAGCAGCCUUUUUGCUAUGAUUGCUGCAAAGUGCAAAUACUCGAAGAAGCUUCAAGUGAUAUAUGUAUUUAUUGUCGUUACUGCCUUUGGAAGAAACAGGGGAUCAAAGUUCCUGUUCACCUUAUGUAUUGUUUUCUAUAGCUCUUCUAUUUUAAAAAUAAUAACAAUACAGUAAAGUAAAAAUGAAAAUGUGUACCACGAAUUUCGUGUAGCUGUAUUCAGAUCAUAUUAAUUAUCUGAUCGGGAUAAAAAAAAUCACAAGCAAUAAUUAGGAUCUAUGCAAUUUUUAAACUAGAAAUGGGCCAAUUAAAAUAUAUAUAUAAAUAUAUAUUUUUCAACCAGCAUUUUACUACUUGUUACCUUUCCCAUGCUGAAUUAUUUUGUUGUGAUUUUGUACAGAAUUUUUAAUGACUUUUUAUAACGUGGAUUUCCUAUUUUAAAACCAUGCAGCUUCAUCAAUUUUUAUACAUAUCAGAAAAGUAGAAUUAUAUCUAAUUUAUACAAAAUAAUUUAACUAAUUUAAACCAGCAGAAAAGUGCUUAGAAAGUUAUUGCGUUGCCUUAGCACUUCUUUCUUCUCUAAUUGUAAAAAAACAAAACAAAACAAAACACAACAAAUUGCACAAUUUGAGCAAUCCAUUUCACUUUAAAGUCGUCCCUCUCCUUAAAACAGAAACCAGACCCAUAACACUCAAGAGGAUGAAAAGAGAGAUGCAUUCCUUCUCAAAACAGAUCCAUUCAUUACUUGCACAAGCUUGUAUAUACAUAUUAUAAAUAGAUGCCAACACUCACACUCCUUUAAAUCAAAAGCUGCUUGACUAUCACAUACAAUUUGCACUCUUUCAUUUUAGUCUUUUCUUUGAAUUCCAUAAUUUUAUGGAGUGUCUGAAGCUAUUGAUGUUUCCAGAAAAUAUAAAUGCAUGAUUUUAUACAUAGUCAAAACAAAUGGUGGUUUGUCAUCUAUUCAUGUAAUAAAUCUGAGCCUAAAUUUAUUCAGGUUGUUAAUGUUGGGAUUUAUACCUUAUGUAGUCAGUUAGUACAGUAGCUUAAAUAAAAUUCAAACCAUUGAAUUCAUAAUUAGAACAAUAGCUAUUGCAUGUAAAAAUGCAGUCCAGAAUAAGUGCUGUCUGAGAUGUGAUGCUGGUACUACUGGAAUUGACCUGUACCGUAAUCUUGUUUGUAAUCCUGUGUAUUAUGGUGUAAUGCACAAUUUAGAAAACACUCAUGCAGUUGCAAUAAAAAUAGUAUUGAAAAUCA